UCUUUUCAGUUUCGUCUUUGGUUUACACUCUUUAGUCUUUAUUCCAUCAUCUUUUUCCUUUGUUCCUUCGAUUUUGAUUCUCUGUAUUUAGGGCUUCUCUUAGUUCUUUAAAUUCCUUUGUUUGCUCACCAUAAACCGUAGAAAGCCCCAAAUUGUUGGGAAGAUUUCGGUCGUCCUGCAGCGAAUUCAAUUCCUUAGAGGCUACAAUUUAGGGCUUUUCUGAGUAAAAUAAUUCGGAAUGGCGAAGACACCGUCAAUUGGAAGCAGAGUGCGAAACAAGCUAGCAGAUAUUACGAAUUCGAAAUCAAUCAAACCUCACGUGGAAUAUGAAAGUGCUUCGAAAACUUUGCACCCAAAUCAAGAAGUCAUCGAUCAGCUGGUGAAGGAAAAUAUGGCUCUGAUGAAACUUAUCGUUGAGAGGAAUAAAAUUAUUGACCUGAGUGGAGCAGAGUUGCAGAAACUUCGGGCAAGUAUUCAGAAACUGCAGCUUCAGAAUUGGCAUCUGGCUCAGUCAAACAGUCGCUUUUUAGCAGAAAUCAAUUUUGGGAGAGAUAGAGUCAAAUCAUUGGAGCAUGAGAUUGAAUGCAAAGAGGCCUUAUUAAGAGCCAAGUGUUUGAAUCUGGAGGGGAAAGCAGGGAUGAUGAAUAAUGGAAAUUCUGUAUGGCAGGAAGGAGAGAAGCCAACAGGGCAAUCUUCACUUAAAACUGACAUCAAAGCUUGCAAUGGAAAUAAAAAGCACGCCGGAAGAACUAAAAGCCAAUCAAUGGGCCCUUCAACUUCAUACUCAUACUCAUACUCAUCAGUGGCGGAUAAAGAGAAAGUUGAAGGCAAAAGGCAUUGUGUUAGAAGACAAUCUGGUAGAUUUAGGAAUCAAGUGAGAGACCCUGAAGAGAACUUGUUUGAAAUAGAAGACGUGAAAUUUCCUGCUACUGGAAAAGAAGAAGAAGAAGAAGAGAGGAAGAACAAUAUUCAAUUGGAAGAAGCUCCAUUUCUGCCGCAACGAUAUUCAAUUGGAAGACCAUUACGCAGAGCAGCUGAAAAGAUUCAAUCCUACAAAGAAUGAGAACUGAGUUCCAGUAUACGGUGUAUGUAUUUUAUGAUUAUAACAUCUUAUGGUUUGCUGUUUGUAUUUUUUUGUGGGUAGAAUGCUGAUUCUGUUGCAAUUUGUUUCCUUGUAUGUAUUUGUAAUUAUAGUAUUUUGUGGAUUUGUGGUAUGUGAUGAAGUUGUUAUGUAUCAAAUGAUUCUAAUUUCUAUUAGAAUAUUAUUAAUAUGAGGAACGACCUCGA